UGCACCAUGGCGACGGGGACGCUACAUUCACAGCUCGUCUUCGGCUGCUUUUUCGUAUUAUUGUUGAAAUCAAACCUCCUUACCUGUGAACAGUUUUCUAUCGCUUUCGCGAAGCCGUCGGACUGCGGUGCUGGAGGCUAUUUCGAUAUUUCGAGUUUGUCUUGUGCGAAAUGUGGAGCGGAUCAAAUCAGCGGAAAAUCAGGGUUAAACUGCGAGUGCCAAACAGGUUUCAAAGUACUGACCAACAACGGAGCAUCAAUCACUUGUCAAAAGUGUCCUGUCUCCAAACCGAGUGUUACUCAGGAUGGCUAUGAGUGUAUCCGAUGUCCAGGCAGCGUGGGUGAGGAUGGUAAAUGUCAGUGCCCUACAGGCAGCAUUCUGGUGGAAAGAAAUGUAAAUGGGACUCUUCUAGAAGAAGCUGUAUGUGAGGCCUGCAGUGGAACAGUGCCUGCUUUAUCUGCCCCGGAUGCCAAAGGCAGCAGGUGCGUGAGAUGUCAGGAGUCCUUCAUCAGCACGUCUCAGUCAUGCAUGUGUGGGUCUCCCAAUAUCCUGGCUGGAGGAAUGUGCUUCCCUUCCAGCAGCCUGCCCGCUUCGGUCGUGCCCACCGUCAGCUUUGCUCAGCUGGGCCUUGCUGUUCCGUCUACAUGGUUCUCUGACUUCCUGUAUUUCUCUGCAGCUGCAUGUCUGUCUUUUACCAAUCUGACAGCCUGUCAGACUCUGGGGAAUAUGUGUGUAUUGAACAUGCACUCCACGAGCACUAUUAGCAACGAUGCCUGCGGCCUCUACAACACCAUCUACAGAGCCACUGCAGCCCAGGGCAACAACCAGGACAUCCCCUACUGGAGGACUAACAUGCCCUGGCUGUAUUACGGAGACCAGCCAGGAUUGGCAUCAAGAGUUCUACAGUCUGAGCCACUGCCAGUAGGCUUCAGCUUCAAAGGUAGAAAUAAGAACACUAAUAUCGAGCUGCUGGCUGCAGUGUACACGGCGCAGGGAGAGUUUAUCAGAUGGGAAAAUGUCGGCGGAGGGAACCUGCAGCUCUGUCCAGACACGCUAAUCAGACAGCAGGCUGCUUACAUCUUUGGGAUGGCCUACAAGCAGAAUUGCGUCCUCUCUGUGUCUGACCUCCUGGCUGGUCAGUCGGAGCCUCUGUUCUAUGAUAUCUUCCUGGUUCAACAGAAGGCUCAGGGAGAUAGGCGACUACUGGCAGUGCCUAUACUAAACCUCAACCUGCAGUUCAACGGCCAGUUUGUCAACCAAGCCACAAACACAAAUAGGUGGUACCUCACACGGAGGCUGAUGCUGAUUGACACCUUGAGUGGAAGAGAGAAGAGUCUGAGUUCCACCCCCAGAGUCAUACGCAUAGCUUCGAGCUUAAAGAUAAGGUUUCAACUGGUGCCAAACACCCAGAAAGGAGAGGUAUACCCCCCUCUGAUAACUGUGUCCUACUCUGAUAUUCUCAUCACUGACCCAGGGAAACAAACUGUAACCGUGUCAUUCUCUGUGGAGUAUGAAAUGGACCAAAAUGAAGCUCGGGUCAAAACUGAUAUUGCUCUGGGUGUACUGGGUGGAGUGGCCGUUGUGUACUCUCUGUUGAAGACAGCAAGCUGGAAAAGAAGAAUUGCCUCUCCUCUCAUUGAUUUUCCGACCAUUCUGAAGUUCUUGCUGAUCUAUGCUGGAGAUUUGGCAAACGUUUUCUUCAUCAUCACUGUGGGAACAGGACUCUACUGGCUCAUCUUCUACAAGGCUCAGCAGUUUGCGUCUGUGUUGUUGCCGUUACCAUCUCAAGAGGAACGCUUUGUGACGUACGUUGGCUGUGCUUUUGCACUUAAGGCGGUGCAUUUCCUUCAUAAGCUUUUGGUGCAGUUGUCAGUGGAUAUAUUCUUUAUAGACUGGGAGAGACCUCGAAGCAAGACCAGUAAAUGUGUGGAAGGCUCUGGCGAGGGAAAGCCCCCAGCAGCCCCUGUCAGCAUCUGGAGGACAUACUUUGUGGCGAAUGAGUGGAACGAGAUCCAGACCAUCCGAAAGAUCAGCCCCACCUUCCAGAUCAUCGCCGUUCUCUUCUUCCUGGAGGUGGUGGGUUUCUCCAGCCUGGCUUUGAGAGACAACUCUUCAGAGCUUCUGCGCUCUGCUGAGGCGUACACACCUGCCUAUAGCCGCAUACUGCGCUAUGGUCUUGCCUCUGCUAUGUGGCUCUGCAUCAGCUUCAUACAGCUGAUAUUCUCAGUGUUCCAUGAGCGUUUUGUUGAAGACAAGAUCCGCCAGUUUGUGGACCUGUGCUCCAUCAGCAAUAUAUCAGUGCUGCUGCUUUCUCACCGAUGUUUUGGCUACUACAUCCACGGGCGUUCCGUUCACGGCCAUGCCGACACAAACAUGGAGGAGAUGAACUCUAACCUGAAAAGAGAGGCGGAGAAUCUGUGUGGGCAGAGAGGAUUGUUGCCAAAUUCUGAUGUUCAGACAUUUCAGAUUUCUAUAACUAGCCGCCUGAGGGUGCAGUACGAUCACAUCCUGGAGCCGCUCAGUAGAAGAAACGGGCCUUCGCGAUUGGUCGAUGCCUCAGCCAAUCCGUUUGAGCAGAGCACAAAAGCAUAUCACACCAUGAACCGCUUCCUUGGCUCUGUUAUCGAUCAUGCUCAUCGUGAGAUGGAUUAUAUUGUGAAAGACAAGUUGCUGUUUGAGAGACUCAUUGGAAUGGAGUUUAUUGAACCCAUGGACAAAAGCAUCUUUUAUAAUGAUGACUCUUACUCUUUUGCUGAUGUGCUGUUUUAUGGGAACGAGUCGACACUUUUAAUCUUUGACACUCUGUUCUUCUGUGUGGUGGACCUGGGCAGCCAGAACUUUGUACUGGCAGCUGUACUCACGUAUCUACAGCAGCUGAUCUUCAGGCUGAUUCGAAAUGGUUUGGGACGCAGGAACCUGGCCAUAAAAACUCUGGUUGACAAAAGAUUCCUCAUCUAGUUUCUGGAUUUAAAUUUUUCUGCUCCAUAUUGUCUUAAUGCAGUUUUCACUGUGAUGUCUAUAUUGCUAAUUUUGAUUGUCAAAGCUAGUUUUUUGAAGCCUGUUUUUACAUGAUUUGGUACUAUUUGCUUUGUUUUUCUUUCUGUAAAUACUGUAGUUCAGUAUUUUUGCGCAGAACAUGAGAUUAAGUAUUUUUGUACAUUUCAAUUUCUACAUUGACUGAUUUGUAUAAAUGUUAUACUGUUUAGAGGUGUGAAAACAUUUUUGAUCUAUGAAUUUUGAGACUUGGCCUAGAUAAUUUUGAUCUUACUCUU